GAGAGAGAGAGAGAAAGAAUGAGAAUGACUAACGAGAUACUGAAAUCACUUUGUAUUUAGAAUUGUUUGGCAAGCCAAAAUGUCAACAAUGGAAACUGAGAUUGGAGAACAGAAAGAGGGGUCAUCACCAAACAGGAAGGAAUCCCAGAACCCCCCAAACCAUCUGUCGUACUGUAUUGAGGACAUACUAAACAGGCCUUCCUGUCUGACAGAGGAGCAGAAGCUUGCUGAUCACCUACACGUAUGUCCUCUGACACUCAAUGGACAGGACAAAUCAAAAUCCAACCAACACUCAGGGAGUCGGUGCACACACAGAAGGGUGCGUACCAUGUUCACCACGUCCCAGCUAGAGGAGCUGGAGAGGAUUUUCCAGGAAACGCACUACCCGGACGUCCACACCCGAGACCAACUGGCCGCACGCACCCAGCUGUCAGAAGGAAGAAUUCAAAGUUCAGGUGUCCUAGGGCCAGUAUCAGGGCAACUGUUCACAUAAAGAUGUUUCUAGAAAAGGACAUGUUGACUGUUGUUUUCCCCUACAGUAACUCUCAUAUUUGGUUCCAGAACAGAAGAGCAAAGUGGAGGCGAACUGAAGGUCAGGGGGAGAAUGUCAGACAGCAGGAGUGGAGCGGGAGCCGGCUCCCCCCCCCCCUCCUCUUCACUCCAUUCACGUGCCUCCCUUUACCCCAGAGGCCAGACCCGCCCGGGUGGCCUGACCCGGGUCCAGUGUGCCCGCGGGUACUCUCACCCCUGUUUUGGGAGUCUAGCACCCAGAAGCUCUGUCCCUACAUUGGAACUCAUUGGCUCCCUGUGUCGCCAUGCCAACCCUGGUGCCCCUACCUUACGACCCAUCAUUCCUACACACACUGCCAUGUGACACACUUCCUCACUCAUGUCCAAGGCCGUAGGCCAUGCUGGCAUUAGAAGACUGCUACUGAUGUAGGAAUGUUACAUUAUGACUAUAAUUCUGUUGUUUGUUGUAUGAAUCCUGUUUCUUUUUUUUUUAUUUUAAAGUGUGACUGUGUGCUUUUGAGCACCCAAUAAUAAAUAAAUCUUU